UCUCUAUCGAGCAUGACACUCUCGCUGUUCCUCUGCUCUGCCUUCGCAACGAAACCCUAAUACGAUUUGCGCGUUUGACAUGCAGGUUCCGUGUACAUCGACGCAUCCCCGAAUGAGAUUCAAGACAUUCUCAUUCCCAAACCUGUCUCGGCAUUUCUACAGGGUCUUCAACCCCUCCUGCGUCCCGACAUCAAAUCCGCUGUCUUCCCUCCCCACCGUGGCCACUCUUUCUACUCAGAAAGAACCCCUCUCUCCUCCCAGCGAUGUCACUCACAAGACCCACCACCCUUUGCAGGUUGCGAAGCGCUUGGAGAAGUUCAAAACAACAAUAUUCACCCAAAUGAGUCUUCUUGCCAUAAAACAUGGAGCCAUAAAUCUUGGUCAAGGCUUUCCAAACUUUGAUGGUCCAGAUUUUGUCAAGGAAGCUGCGAUUCAGGCCAUUCGGGAUGGGAAAAAUCAAUAUGCUCGGGGAUAUGGAGUUCCAGACCUGAACUUUGCCAUCGCUGAUAGAUUUGAGAAAGAUACUGGACUUACAGUGGACCCCGAAAAGGAAGUUACUGUUACAAGUGGGUGUACAGAGGCAAUUGCCGCAACUAUGUUGGGAUUAAUAAAUCCUGGUGAUGAGGUUAUCAUGUUUGCUCCUUUCUAUGAUUCUUAUGAAGCCACUCUAUCCAUGGCUGGCGCAAAAAUAAAAGGCAUCACUUUGCGCCCUCCAGAUUUUGCUGUCCCCAUGGAAGAAUUGAAGUCUGCCAUUUCCAAAAAUACUCGUGCCGUCAUGAUAAAUACUCCUCACAACCCGACAGGAAAGAUGUUCACUCGAGAGGAGCUCCAAACCAUUGCAUCGCUUUGCAUUGAGAAUGAUGUCCUGGUCUUCACUGAUGAAGUAUAUGAUAAGUUGGCCUUUGACAUGGAUCACAUUUCAAUGGCUUCUCUUCCGGGAAUGUUCGAAAGGACAGUUACGAUGAAUUCCUUGGGAAAGACAUUCUCGUUAACGGGAUGGAAGAUUGGAUGGGCAAUAGCACCGCCACACCUAACAUGGGGAGUCCGACAGGCACAUUCUUUCCUCACUUUCGCCACUUCCACUCCUAUGCAGUGGGCAGCUGCCGCAGCUCUUAGGACCCCGGAUUCUUACUUUGAGGAGCUAAAGAGGGACUAUAUGGCGAAAAGAGCUAUUUUGGUGGAUGGGUUGAAGGACGUUGGUUUCAAGGUAUUCCCAUCCAGUGGAACAUACUUUGUGGUUGUAGAUCACACAACUUUCGGACUGGAAAAUGAUGUUGCAUUUUGUGAGCAUCUAAUUAAGGAGGUCGGAGUAGUGGCCAUUCCCACCAGUGUAUUUUACUUAAAGCCAGAAGAGGGAAAGAACCUAGUCCGAUUUACUUUCUGCAAGGAUGAACAGACUUUGAGGGCGGCAGUGGAGAGGAUGAAGGAGAAGCUUAAAGGAAAGUGAUCAGAACAGGAACUAGUUUGAAGCCUGUUAAGUUAGGGAAUGAACGUUCGUCGAGAAUAGUUCUAGAUUGAAGGCCGUGUCAUUUCGAGAAAUAAUAAUGCCAUUGAAGCUAGGGGAAUUUGCUAGUUGCUAGAGGAAGCUAAUCCGUCUUGUUAUUCAGAGUUCAUUAACUAUCAGUUUGCUUCUAUAAGUGGUGUUUUCUUGGCUCUCCAGUUACCGAUCCAAGGUUUUGUC